UACAGCCAGACACUCACUGCUCACAUGCAGUACUGUGGCAGAACGCAGGUCCGCCAUUACACACGUAACACGUGGGUGGGCCUUAUUUAGAAAGGGUGCGCAUCAAUUGGGAAAUCUGCACGGAGCGGUCGUGGCAAUGGAGUGUCCUCCCUCAUUCGGAGUAGGGGCCGACAGCAUGAGCACGGAUGGAGAUGAGUCGCGUGCUUCUUGGGCUCAGGUGGACCCACACGAGUCAGAAAGUCUCCACAGCGAGCUGGAGAGCCUGGACCCGCUGAAAAGAGAGCUUCUGGAGGCUCGCAUCAUGAGGAAGGUGUGCCCCUACCAAUUACCCUCAAAUGUGGUGUGAGACAGUGUGCACAGGUCGGCUCCCCAGACUCCAACCUCAGCAGUGCAUCCACCAAGGAAGAGGGUAGAGGUAGCAGUAUCAGGAAGAGGAGCACAUCUGAGGUGGAGGGAGGGAAGUCCAGCAAGGUGGCGAGGGUAGAUGCCUCGCGUAAGAUCAGUGAGUUCUUCAGAAACAGUCACAGCACAUCUGACAAGAAGAAGGAGAUGGGUGUUCAGACAGAGCUGAGAGCCGCAGAUGUGACGACACGACAGUCAGAGCAGCAGCUCUCGUCUCUCCAGACAACCGUCUCUGAGCUGCGUUCCUCGCUCACUGCCUGCCAGGCAAACCUUGACCUCUCCACUUCCAGACUGGACAAGGUUUGAAUUGCAAUAUACUCUUGUUGCCAAGGUAGUGAGCUCCACCCACAGUGUGCGACUUUUGUCAGAGAGUUGCUGAUUAAAAAGUGUACAGCCGAGCGUGCAGAGCAGAGAGAGAGAGUGGCAAAGAACCAACAUCGAUUAGGACACUUCCAGAUGCAGCGACAAGGAGCUCAGUUUGCGGAGGUGUGGGUGGAGGGUUUAAGGUACAAGGAGCUGAUGGAGGGGCAGGAGAAGCUGAGCCACCAGAGAGAGGAGCUGGAGAGACAGAGGAAGGCUCUCAGCAAGCGAAGACCUCCGUCGGGAGGAACGGCGACUAGUGGGAGGAGCCAGAGUCCAGCUCAGCCUAGCAAAUCCGGAUUUGUCAAGCCACAAGUGGCCUGCCUGAGUCCGGAGGAAUACCAGGAGAAAGAAGAGCUGCUUAAACUGAGGCAGAGUUCUCUGAAGAAGGAAGAGCAGCAGCUGCAAGUAGAGGUCGAGGUGUUGGAGAGAGAGAGGAACCUGCACAUCAGAGAGAUGAAGAGAGUAGCUGCAGAAGAUGCCUCACGGUUUUCCUCCAACCCAACUCUUGCCUCUCGCUACCUCUUGCUGCAGCUGGUUGGUAAAGGUGGCUUCUCCGAGGUGUUCAAGGCAUAUGAUGUGAAGGAACAAAGGUACGUGGCUUGCAAGAUCCAUCAGCUCAGCUCUGACUGGAAAGAAGAAAAGAAGGCCAACUAUAUCAAACACGCUCUGAGAGAAUACAACAUACACAAGACCCUCAACCACCCGAACAUUGUCACUCUGUAUGAUGUCUUUGAAAUUGACACCAAUUCAUUUUGUACAGUUUUGGAGUAUGUUGAUGGCAAUGACUUGGAUUUUGUUCUGAAGCAGCAGAAGAGUCUCCCUGAAAGAGAGGCCCGUGUGGUAGUUCUGCAGACAAUGCGUGCUCUCAAAUACCUGAAUGAAAUCAAACCUCCUGUCAUACACUUUGACCUGAAACCAGGGAACAUUCUGCUAGGCUCGGGGGUUCACAGCUACGAGGCUAAGAUCACAGACUUUGGUCUCAGUAAGAUAAUGGAGGCAGACAGCCUUGGAGGAGAGAUGGAGCUCACCUCACAGGGAGCCGGCACCUACUGGUACCUCCCUCCCGAGUGUUUUGUUCUGGGAAAACAGCCGCCAAAGAUCAGCUCUAAAGUUGAUGUUUGGUCAGUUGGUGUCAUACUCUACCAGAGUAUUUAUGGGAAAAAGCCAUUUGGGCACAACUUGUCUCAGGCGAGCAUUCUCCAGCAGAACACUAUCCUGAAUGCCACUCAAGUCGAUUUUCCUGCCAAACCAGUUGUCUCUAUGGAAGCGAAGGCAUUCAUCCGGCGUUGCCUUAGCUACCAGAAGGACAGUCGACCUGAUGUCAUUACUCUCUGUGACGACCCUUACCUCAAGCCUCCAUUGCCACGGAAACAGCCAACUUCAUCUCAACCACCAUCACUUAGCAUCUAGCACUAGUUCUGGACUCUUUGGAUAUUAUGUUGCUCAAUCUUAAUUUUUCAUAACAGUAUAUAGAAAAGUGAACUAUGAGCUGAAAGAGCGCUGCCUUACGUAUGUCCAUGUUCAUUAAUCAUUUUUUUUAUAGGCGCAGC